CAUAUCUCCUUGUAUAUAUAUACACGCACACAAAUAAAACAAAGAGAGAAAUUAAAAGGAAACGACCUUGUGGGGGCUCUCGACCAAAAAAGAAGAAGAUAGUGAGAGAGAUAUAGAGAGAGUAGAUCGAUGGCGGCGAUGAUAGUUUCAGCUUUGGUGUGUUUGGUGGUGAUGGGACGGCUGAGUGGAGCGGCGGUAUACAAAGUCGGCGACUCAGCAGGCUGGACAACCAUAGCCAACGUAGACUACAAGCUUUGGGCGUCUACCAAAACUUUCCACAUUGGUGAUACUGUUUUGUUCGAGUACAACCCACAAUUCCACAACGUAAUGAGAGUGACGCACCCAAUGUACAGAAGCUGCAACAGCUCAAACCCAAUCUCCACCUUCACCACCGGAAACGACUCAAUCACACUGACCAACCACGGCCACCAUUUCUUCUUUUGCGGCGUUCCCGGCCAUUGCCUCGCGGGUCAGAAACUUGACCUCAACGUCCUCCUCCCUGCCUCCUCCACACCAGUCUCUGAGCCACCAACCUCAUCCUCCUCUCCUCCUCCGUUAACUACUACUAUUCCUGCAGCCGGAGUCCCCGGACCUUCUCAUAACCUCAGUGCUUCUCUCCCGAGUGUGGCAGUGGGUCGAGUUGUGGCCAUAGUAGCUCUCCUAGUCUCUUUGGUGUUGCAAAUUUUGCUUCUUAAUUAGGACUAUAUACAUACAUUGGAAUCGUUGCAUAUAAGGUUUUUGUUUUGUUUACAUAUCAUUCUCCCAAGUUGUUCUUCUUUCUUCAAAUGAUUCAAAAUGUAGAGAUGCCCCGUCAAUAAUAUAUACUAUACUGAGUACCGAUUUAAUUCGUUAACAA